AGAACAACUAGUGAGGGUGGGAGGAGAUAAACCAUCAGCUCUUUUUUCGUAGCUGCAGGCACUCCAAGCAGAGUAAGAGGGAUUCCAGGGCUGGACACCAUGGCUGAAGAUCUGGUGCUGGAAUCAUGCAACCUGGAGUGUGAGAGCAACAAUCAGAACCAUAUGACAGCUGACAUGGGCAACCAGCAGCUCGUUGUGAGGAGGGGACAGUCUUUCACCAUCACGCUGCUCUUCACUGGAAGGGGUUAUGAGGAAGGAGUGGAUAAACUUGCUCUCAACGUAGAGACAGGGCCGUGCCCCAUCGAGUCGUCGGGAACCAAGUCCCAUUUCCCCGUCUCCGAUGCCCUCCAGGCAUCAGAAUGGAGCGCAGUCGUGGACCAUCAGGACGGAACCUCUCUCUCCUUGUUGAUCUACUCCCCUCCUGACGCCCGGAUCGGCCGCUAUACCCUGACUCUGGAGGCCUCUAUGGGAUACCAAGGCACCAGCUUCAGGCUCGGAGAGUUCAUCUUGCUCUUUAACCCUUGGUGUCCAGACGACUCCGUCUUUCUCGAGUUUGAAGACCAGCGGUGUGAGUUCGUGCUGACGCAGCAGGGCCUCAUCUACCAGGGAUCUCUGAAGUUCAUCGUCCCUAUUCCCUGGAAUUUCGGACAGUUUGAAGAUGACAUUGUGAACAUCUGCCUUCAGCUGCUGGAUACAAACCCCAAAUUCCUUCGAGACCAAAACCGAGACUGCUCCCGCCGCAAUGACCCCGUUUACAUUGGCCGAGUCGUGAGCGCCAUGGUGAAUUGCAAUGAUGAUCAGGGGGUGCUCGCAGGGCGCUGGGACAAUAAGUAUGAGGAUGGGAUGAGCCCCAUGUCCUGGAUAGGGAGCGUGGACAUUCUCAGGAGGUGGAGGAAGUAUGGAUGCCAGCCAGUCCGAUAUGGCCAGUGCUGGGUCUUUGCGGCAGUGGCAUGUACAGUCCUGAGAUGUUUGGGAAUUCCCACCCGUGUGGUGACCAAUUAUAACUCCGCCCACGAUACCAACAGCAACUUGGUCAUUGACCGUUACCUAGACGAAAUGGGAAACCUGCAGAAGACAUCCAAAGACAUGAUAUGGAAUUUCCAUUGCUGGGUGGAGUCCUGGAUGACCCGGCCCGACUUGCCCCCUGGCUGUGAUGGAUGGCAGGCUUUGGAUCCAACUCCUCAGGAGAAGAGCGAAGGGGCUUACUGCUGUGGGCCAGCUCCAGUCAAAGCCAUCAAGGAAGGUGAACUGAGGCUGAAUUACGACAUCCCAUUUGUCUUUGCGGAGGUGAAUGCGGAUGUGGUUUAUUGGGUGCUGCAAAAGGAUGGCUCCAGAAAGAAGACCAUCCACUCUUCUACCGUAGGAAAGAACAUGAGCACAAAAAGCGUGGGCAAAGAUACCAGAGAAGACAUUACCCACAACUACAAGUAUCCUGAGGGAUCCGACCAAGAAAGGGAAGUGUUUGCAAAAGCAGAACUCCAGAAAAGUUACCUGACUGAGGAGGAGAAGGGGGUGAGCAUCAAGAUCAAGGUGUCCGAGGGCAUGAACAAUGGCUGCGAUUUUGACGUCUACGCGGUCAUCAGCAACAACACCGAGACCGAACGGCUCUACAGGCUCAUGUUCUGUGCCCGGACCACCAGUUACAAUGGAGUCAUGGGCCCUGAGUGUGGGAUGAAGGAUCUUCUUAAUGUCAUUCUCCUACCCCAUGCAGAAAAGACCGUGCCCCUGCGUAUUCUGUAUGAGAAGUACGGCAGCUGCCUGACACAAGACAACAUGAUCAAGCUGAUGGCCCUCCUGAUUGAAUACCAGACCGGAGAGAUCAUCCUUGGGGUCCGAGACAUCUACAUAAAGAACCCGGAUAUUAAGAUUAGGAUUUUAGGGGAACCAAUGCAGAAGCGGAAGCUGGUGGCAGAUCUCACCCUGACUAACCCCCUCUCAACCCCUCUGAGCGGCUGCGUGUUCACCCUGGAGGGGGCUGGCCUGACCGAAGGACAGAAGACCCAGGAGCUCGCCAGCCCCAUUGAGCCGGGGCAGGAGGCCAAGGUCAGGGUGGACUUGGCCCCCCAGCAGUCCGGCCUGCACAAGCUUGUGGUGAAUUUCGAGAGCGACAAGCUGAAGGGAGUGAAGGGCUAUCGCAACGUGAUUGUCGCCCCGCUGCCCAAGUGAAGCUGCCUGACCCGUGCUCACCUGGCCCUGCUGACUCCAAGAUGAGCCUCUUCUCAAGAACUAAGGACGUUCCAGAGGCCUGGUCCAGAGUUCCCGCCGAGGCCCACGUAUCAGGCCCUGUAUACGUUAACCUCGCCACUCCACCCAGCCCAACAUGCUAAACCCUCAGUUCCCUCCCCACAACCCCCCAAAAAUCCCUUCCCCCAAACCCCUAAGGAAUCCCUCCAACAUCAGCAGAAGAAAAGGCACUUCGGUGGGCAGGGGGUUAUUGCAAAAGGAGCAUCUCAUUGCUGUGGGAUCAGCUCGCUGCUGGGGCUGUGGCAGGGGGCCUGGACCUUGGCAGCAGUCCCCUCGGGAAUGGCUGGGUGCACCUGGCACAUCUCACCGUCCUGGCGGCGCACCGCCAUGGGACAUGUCCCCGACAUCACUCAGCAGUGAAGCAGUUACUAAAAAUUGCCUCGCCUCGUGAUGUGGGGAACAUCAUCUGAUGAUUCUCGCUGUGGCCGCUUACAUUUGUAAUGGGGUGUGGGAAGAGUUAACCCCUCCCAGUCCCAGGGCAUUGCUAGCAGCCCUACCUCACAUCUAUGCAAAUCAGGAGGCAUUUUAACAGGUCUGAAAAGUUUGCAGUUCCAAAACCACCACUUCUUCUAGAACUAGACACCACCGAGAACCCUCUCCUUUCCCCCAGCUUUACAUACGCCACUGGGAAGCUGAGCAGAAUUUAUAAACUAACCCGCAGGAAGACAGACACUUUUCUAACAGGAUUGCACAGGGUCAGCAUUAUUUUGUACUAGUUAUCAAUGCCGGGAAAGUGCUUUUGAAACCAACGAGGUGGAAAAAGGAUUGUAUAAUGUGAGCAACACUGUGUUUGUUUUCUAUGCAUAUUAUAUAUACCCUCUUGUGUACAGACAGGGGAGUGUAUGCGCUUUUCUAACCCUUUCCACUAAUGUCUCGACAAACACUGCGUGCCGAAGACCAGACGUAACACUGACAUGAGUUCACUCUGUAAGCACAGAAUAAAGAGUUUAUUUUUCACUUUCAAAA